UGAUUAGCGGAUUCAUUUUUAAACCAUAAUCAAUAAAAUAUUACACAGAAAGUUUUAGUUGAAUGUGACUGAGUUACAUUCAGGGGUGGACUGACAACUCAUGGGGCCCCCGGGCAAUAGGGGAUCAUGGGGCCCCUGCGUCCUUGCCCACACUCAAAGCACACCCAAAAAAGCCUAUAAAAAGUACCAGGGGCAUUUCAUGGGGCCCCCUAUUGACCCCGGGCCCUCGGGCAGUGCCCGAGUGCUCGAAUGGUCAGUCCGCCCCUGGUUACAUUAGUGCAAAACAGAUAUAAAUGAACAAAACCAUGAGUUUGUAUCUGGAUUACGAAACAUCCAAGAUCAAGUCUUUUCUCUAUGCAAUCAUAUGUAUAGAAACUAGUAUCUGUAAGCUCAAUUACUUUACACUCAUCUCUUC